AUGGCAAAGACGGUAGGAGAAGUAAAGAAAAAUAAGGUAAGAGCUGCUGAAAAGCCUGCAAAGAAGCCAGAUAAAGCUGAUACACCAGAACCUGCAAGUGACAGCACCAAGAAGAAGCCAUCUCCAAAGAAUGAAGAACCGAAGAAUCAGAAGGAUGUAGCCAGAUCGUCCAAGGAUGGAGCUGGAGAGAAGAAGAAUGAGAAGACUUCAGCAAAAGGCCCCAAAGAGGCAGCUGCUUCCAAGAAGGACACCCAGAAAUCCCAGAACAAGCAAGAUGAGAAGCCAAAGAUGAAGAAACAUGACAAAGCCAGCAAUAACACAAAAGACACACCAGAGAAGGAGAAGACGAAGAAGGAUGAGGACAACAAGAAAGGGAAGAAUGUUCCCAAAGACACCGCAGCUGAGAAGACCGACACUUCAAAGGAAGCACCGAAGAGAGAUGCAGAGAAGAAGAAGAAGGAUGUAGCCAAGUCGUCCAAGGACGGAGCCGAAGAUGAGAACACGGAGAAGAAGUCAAAGGACACCACCAAAGUGAAGGAUAAUUCCAAGAAGGGCACACAGAAGAAGCAAGAUGAGGAGCCAAAGACUCAGAAGACUGACACUUCAAAGGAAGCACCGAAGAGAGAUGCAGAGAAGAAGAAGAAGGAUGUAGCCAAGUCGUCCAAGGACGGAGCCGAAGAUGAGAACACGGAGAAGAAGUCAAAGGACACCACCAAAGUGAAGGAUGAUUCAAAGAAAGGCACACAGAAGAAGCAAGACGAGGAGCCAAAGACGCAGAAGACUGACACUUCAAAGGAAGCACCGAAGAGAGAUGCAGAGAAGAAGAAGAAGGAUGUAGCCAAGUCUUCCAAGGACGGAGCCGAAGAUGAGAACACGGAGAAGAAGUCAAAGGACACCACCAAAGUGAAGGAUGAUCCCAAGAAGGGCACACAGAAGAAGCAAGACGAGGAUCCAAAGACUCAGAAGACUGACACUUCAAAGGAAGCACCGAAGAGAGAUGCAGAGAAGAAGAAGAAGAAGGAUGUAGCCAAGACGUCCAAGGACGGAGCUGAAGAUGAGAACACGGAGAAGAAGUCAAAGGACACCACCAAAGUGAAGGAUGAUUCCAAGAAGGGCACACAGAAGAAUCAAGAUGAGGAGCCAAAGAAGAAGACAACUGAUGAAGCCAACAAUGGCACAAAAGACAAACCAGAGAAGGAGAAGACGAAGAAGGAUGAGGACAACAAGAAAGGGAAGAAGGUUCCCAAAAACACCGCAGCUGAGAAGACCGACACUUCAAAGGAAGCACCGAAGAGAGAUGCAGAGAAGAAGAAGAAGGAUGUAGCCAAGUCGUCCAAGGACGGAGCUGAAGAUGAGAACACGGAGAAGAAGUCAAAGGACACCACCAAAGUGAAGGAUGAUUCCAAGAAGGACACACAGAAGAAGCAAGAUGAGGAGCCAAAGACUCAGAAGACUGACACUUCAAAGGAAGCACCGAAGAGAGAUGCAGAGAAGAAGAAGAAGGAUGUAGCCAAGUCGUCCAAGGACGGAGCCGAAGAUGAGAACACGGAGAAGAAGUCAGAGGACACCACCAAAGUGAAGGAUGAUCCCAAGAAGGGCACACAGAAGAAGCAAGAUGAGGAGCCAAAGACUCAGAAGACUGACACUUCAAAGGAAGCACCGAAGAGAGAUGCAGAGAAGAAGAAGAAGAAGGAUGUAGCCAAGACGUCCAAGGACGGAGCUGAAGAUGAGAACACGGAGAAGAAGUCAAAGGACACCACCAAAGUGAAGGAUGAUUCAAAGAAAGGCACACAGAAGAAGCAAGACGAGGAGCCAAAGAAGAAGAAAGCCGAUGAAGCCAAAGACGGCACAGAAAACAAGCCAGAGAGUAAAGCAAAUAAUGACAAGGAUAGUUCCAAGAGGGAAGCACAGGGUGAGCCUGGGACAAGCCAUGCCACACCACCCAAAACUACCGCGAUCAAAGCUGAUGCCAACAGCCAUGCUCUCACUCUUCUAGAGUCCAAAGACCCCUCAAAGCGGAAGAGCCUCAGCAGCAAUUCCACCACAGCUUCGUCUGAUCCUGAGAGCAAGCGGCCAAAGGUGUCUACCCAGAGUCAUGACAAGCGGGACCCAGAAGGCCCCACUGGGUCCACCCCUGAAAAGAAAAGGCUGAAAUUUGAAAGCGAAAACGAGGAGUUCAUGCCAGCCCGAAUGGAGAGCAUGAGGACACUUCCAAGUUUUGACCUACUUGCUUCGCCAGCCUCUGUGGACACUUCAACCACUGAGGAGCAAAAGGAGAGCAUCAGUGCAAUGGCAUCCCCGUCAUGCAUGGAUAGUGCAGAGCGUAAGCGGCAGUAUGCUGCCAUGGGUCGUGCAAUAACUAAGACCUGUAACCCAAGCCUUUUGGCAAAGUAUCAGCUAUGUUCUGACACCGAAAGGUGGACAAUGCUGAAGCAAUGGCUGGUGAACGAUGGCAAGACCGACUCCAUCACCGUUGAGGAGAAGUAUGUGAAGUGGACGGAGGAGCUCCGUAGUGACAACUAUGCUACAGUCACACUGCUACAGCUGGAACAGACCUAUGGGACUUCGCCAGAGGCCAAGGAGUUCAUACAAGAACUUACAAAGGGGCAGACAGGCACAGCGCAUCCCCAGGCGCCGGGAUGUGCCAAGGCAAGAAUGUACAAAGUCCUUCGCGAGGUCAGUGAGGAAGUGAAACAGGGACAGCUGAAGAAACUGAACAAUGAGCUGCCCAAGGUCAUUGACGAGAUUAAUGAGUUUAAUGUCAGAAAUUCCGGUGAGCUGGUAAAAGCCCUGAUCAAGCACAUUGAUGAAGUUCAUGCUUUGCUGGAAAUCACGAUCCCCAAGACUACCACGCUCCUGUCAGAGAUCAAUGCUGAUGAGUUCCAUGACUUUGUGAACCGCCACAAGGCCGCCGUCAGUGUGAUCGAAUCGGACCUCCGUGAUGCGAAGCGCCGGGUGAGCGCCGUGAAGGGGGUCAACACAGUCCUGGAAGACAAGUCGAUGAAGGACCCGUUCUACAUUGGCUCUUGGCACAUUUUUUUGCCAUCAGAGGUGUUGCUUGGCAAUGGUUGGGCAGCAGGGUAUUGCAUGCAGGAGGUAUGCUUUACUUGUCGAGCAUCCCGGCGUUCAGAUUCCGAGCUACGUGCAGCAGUGUUCGUCAACAUGUGUGGUAUGCGGGAUGCAGUGACCCUACGUCAAGGACCUUUGCUGACUGAUGCCAACAGGCAAAAGCUUGAGACUGCCAACUAUCUGUUCCAUAGCGCUCUCAACUGGCUGGCCUCAGAGGCAAUCUCCCAAAACAAACUUCUCUGGAAGUUGAGACCAAAGGCACACAAGUUUCCUAGUAGCACUAGUUUUGUAGAAGCUGUUUUUGGUGCUGCCACUUAUGGGAUUCAGGCUGGACCAUAUCGUUUAUGA